GGGCGGGCCGGGGGGCGGGCCGGGCGAAGUGAAAUCGAAAGGGGUCAGAGCCGGGCCCCGGGGACAGACGCAGACGGACCCGGACCCGGACCAUGGCCAAGGCCUGCGCUGUGAAAGUCAGCGGCGAGUCCCGCCGGCAGGUCGAGCUCUUCAGGGAAUCUCUCUUCAAGGAGGCCGAGCAAUUCCUGUCGACCUUUUUACCCCAAAAAAUCUUUCAACUGGACAAAUUCUUGAAGGAGGAUUCGUUGAACAUCAAGGAUCUCUCGACGCUCCGGGCUCCCCUGGAUAUCCCCAUCCCCGACCCACCCCCCAAGGAUGAGGAUGAGGACUCAGCUAACAUGGAGACUGAUAAGGAGGAGAAGAAGGAGGCUCCCAAAUGUGGCUACCUGAAGGGCAAUGAGGCCAUGGUGAUGCUGCUGGGCCGGGUCAAGCCGGAGGUGCGGGAGCUGAAGGAGAAAUGUGUUUUGGUCAUCACCUGGAUCCAUCACCUGAUCCCCAGAAUUGAGGAUGGGAACGAUUUUGGGGUGGCCAUUCAGGAGAAGGUGCUGGAGCGGGUGACAGCCAUCAAGACCAAGGUCGAGGGCUUCCAGACAGCCAUUUCCAAAUAUUUCUCCGAGCGUGGAGAUGCUGUGGCGAAGGCUUCGAAGGAGACCCACGUGAUGGAUUACCGGACUCUGGUCCACGAGCGGGACGAAGCAGUGUAUGGGGAGAUCCGGACCGUGGUGCUGGACAUUCGGGGCUUCUAUGCCGAGCUCUAUCACAUCCUCACCCAGAACCUGGAGAAGCUGACAAACCCCAAGGGCGAGGAGAAGCCCUCCAUGUACUGAGGGCCCAGGGGCCUGCCCCUGGCGGGGGGCGGCCGGAACCAGACUGCAAAUAAACAGCUGCCCC